CCAACAAUGACCUCCAAUCACCACCCUCCAGGAUGUAACCUACGACACGGAUCAACAAAGACAGGGAUGACGAGAGGUCGAGCCAGCUGUUGCUGGGGGCAGCCCUUAUCCUGUGACUACCCCGCAUCCAGGUCACGAAGAGACAUAUAAACCUUGUGUCACCCAGCAUUGCACAGAGAGAAACACCCUCAACUCGUCCGUGGCUCUCGUCAGUGUCAAGAUCUCACCAUCUACUCGUUCUCUUCGCAAAGUUCUCAAUAAACUCCUUCAAGAUGUCGACCCCUGCUAUGCAAGGCCUCUCGUCCGUGGGCUCAUCCUUCGGUGCCUAUUCUAGACAGCAGCUUGCUACUUUGAGAAAUAGAUUCUUGACCACAGAGAAGCGCAGAAGAAGGGCACAGGUUCUGUCGACCUCCUUUAGCGUUCACAGACCGGUCUGGAUUGCCGCAGGAGGCGCUGCCUACACCACAGCGAGCGCGGUUUAUUUGACACUGCGGUAUAUGCGUCACUUGAAGUGAAUUCGGCCGAGGGAGCGUGUCCAACUACCGCUAUUGGAGCUUGAGGGGCCAUCAAAUAAUAGAGGGGGACUGUCCGUGACAGCGAUCUUCAUCCACCAUUCCUUUCGCAUAAUUUCUUUUGUUACCUUCUAGGGUCUGGUACUUUGGACGGACGGGAUUUCAGCAGGAUGACAUGACGGAGUUUACGUGUUUCGGCUGGCAUGGGCCAAUAUGAUCAUGUAUCUAGCACAGUGAAAUGACCACAAUACAUCAUUAGAUACUACUAGUGAGGGGCACCCUACUAUCUUGCCUAGCCAGGGGCGGCACUCGUGAUCUCAUCUGCACCGGGGAGUCUGCCGUGUAUUUGUUUGGUUUUUGGCCAGCAUCCAUACGCUGCAGUACACGCGACAGGGAUUCGUCGUACAGCCAGCUCAGUC